AUGCUGAUUUUUGGAAGAAAAAGCAGCUGGUCCCUAAUGAGAGUUUUUCUGGCCUGUCUUUUGGCCUGUGUUAUCAGCACAGCCAUAGGAGUCCUGGCUCUCUCCUUGCUCUUUGUGAACACCUCUGCUUUCCUGAGAGAGAACAAGGAUAAAAAUGAGGCUCCAACCCCCCCAGAAACAGCAGGAAACAAAGUGGACCUCAAAUUCCAGUUCCUCAACCACCUGCCAAAAUCCAAGGUGUUCAGCUACCCAGGUGGGGAGAUUCAGUGGGCAAGGUUCAGGAAUGAUGCCAGUGAAUAUCUGAGUGCAGAAGAGAUGGAAUUUGGGAAAAGCCUCAACCACCACCACUCCAAAAUGACUUUUGGCACCUUGCUGAUCAAGAGCAAAGGGCUCCGGGCUCCCCACUGGCAUUUUAAUGCCAAUGAACAUGGCUACAUGCUAAAGGGCAGUGCCUGGGUGGGUGUCAUUGGUGCAGAUGACAGCGUGGUGACCACCUACAAUGUCACAGCUGGCCAGGUCAUCUUCUUCCCUCGGAACACCGUGCACUGGAUCAAGAACACAGGGCCAACAGAUUGUCUCCUUCUGCUCUUCUUUACAACCCAUGAUGAACUUCAGACCCUGGAUGUAGAUGAUGCUUUUUUUUCCACCCCAGAGGAUAUAGCAGCCCGGGCACUCCAGCCAGCAGGUGGAGUUGACUUCAUCAGAACCUUCCAGAAGCAAAAGGAAGAUCAAGCAGUGAAUCUGCCAGCAAACUUGAAGGAGCUGGUCCAAAAUGCCACCUACGUGCAGUCCCCAGCUGAGCUGGUGUGGCAAUACUUCUACGACCUCCAAGGUUCAGCAGAAUUUCCUUUCCCUGGAGGAAUCUUCCAGUGGGCUCGGUACCGCAGGAACGGCACCGGGCUCAGUCAGACAGAGAAGAUAUUCAGUGAGUCCCUGAACAAGCACGAGAACACCCUCACCUUGGCCACCCUGCGGAUCUUCAGCAACGGGCUGGGCCAACCUCAUUUCCACUUCAAUGCUAAUGAGAUGGGUUAUGUCAUUAGUGGGUGUGGACAGGUUGGAGUCACCCUCUCUGGAGUCACUGCCAACUUCAACAUUGGCAUUGGGGAUGUCAUCUUCUUCCCUGUUGGAACCCAGCACUACAUCAAGAGUGUGUGUGAUGAGGAUUUGCUCCUGAUUCUUGCCUACAGUACAGGAAAUCAGCUGGAAACUCUUCGGAUGAGGGAUUAUUUCCAUGGCACAGCAGAUCACAUCCUUGCUCAGCUCUUUUUCAAGAAGCAGGAGGAGUUCCAGAAGUUCCCCAAGUGAGACAAGUGACCUCUCUCAACACUUAAUGACUCCAAGAAGUUUUUC